AAAAGGUUCCACGCAAUGAUGAUACAGUCGAACAUAUGGAUGAACAUCCAGGGAAUCUAUCAAUUUUCACUCAUUCUGGUAGGCCACUGGGAAAAGGAAAGGUUAGAUAUCUCACAGAACAAGAAUUUCAAGCAGCACAAAUGUACAUCUUGUUGAAUUGUAUAGAAGUAAAACCGUACAUUGACAUUUUUGUUAAUGAGUUACACAUGGCCAAUCCAAAUAUCAAUGAUAAACAAGUUGAUGAGAAACUAGAGCGUGAAUUUGAUAAGUGGUUCAAUAAAUAUGUUCACAAUCCCUCCAACAAUAUAUCAAGCCAGUUUUUAAAGGAUCUAUCAAAGGGUCCAUUAAGAAGUGUUAUGUGCUACAAUAGUUAUGUAGUUAAUGGUUAUAAAUUUCACACUAAAGGUCAUGGUUCGCAUAGGGCAACGAUGAACAGUGGGGUAUGUAUCAAGGGGACUAAUUACAGUACUAAUGAAAGUGACUACUAUGGACAAUUAAUUGAAGUGCUACGAUUGGAGUACCCUGGAUUACCAAUCAAAAGAACUGUAUUGUUUAAAUGUGAUUGGUUUGAUCCAACACCAAAUGUGGGAACAAAGAUUCAUCCAAAAUAUAAACUUGUGGAUAUUAAUCAUAAAAGAUCCUUCAACAGGUAUGAACCAUUUGUUCUUGCUAUCCAAGCUGCUCAGGUGAAUUAUUCCAUAUAUCCAAGCUUAAAACGUGACAAGGAUGAUUGGUGGGCUGUGUUCAAAAUCAAAGCGAGAUCUGUUAUUGAUCUUCCUGAGCAAGUGAAUGUGACAACCCUCAGACGGAAGAACCAUUUCAAGAAGAUGAAAUUGAAGUCCCUUUGA